CAAUAAAUUAUCACUUUCAAUUUAGGGACCUUCUCUCUAUUGAGAAAGCCAGUGAACAGAUCAUGGAUUAUAUAAGUGGGAGGCCAAAGAGCUGAUGCAUUUGCACGCCAAAUAGAACACAACUUCGUCAUAGGAAUCAAUUCAAUACACUGGGAAGGUACAGAAUGCGGAAAAGACCACUGGAUGUGGCCAGGUGUCCAGUAUCUGCUGGAAUCAAGUGUCCUCAACAAUAUUUAUUGAUCCUGGCAGUAACUGCAAUAAUACAGUCCUCGAACUGCAAAAACCUUUGGGAAUCUUCAGCAGUCAAUGGAAUAAUGAAUGGAAACUCUGGAAAGGAUGGCCUUCAUGAACUGGUGGUCAGAAAAUUACCUUCUAGAGACACCCUGAAAGGAGAUGAUGCAAAAGCAUCCCGAUCCAGACGGGCAAUCAUCGAUAACAGUGGUGAGCAUCGAUCUUUGAAAGCUUCGCAGUGCACCGCUGCAGUUCUACAACAUGGCGCCGGCCAUCAUGCAACGCAGGCAUCGGGAAUCUCCGGCAGACUACUCGGGCCACCAGCCCCAUCAGGAGGCUUCCUUCAGCAGACACAUUCACCAGCAAAACACUCCUUCCGCAUCCCGGAUCAUGUGCAGUACCGGCAAUGAGCGGGGUUGUCGUGACCUGAGUGACAAAUUUGACUAUGGACCUGUCCCAGUGGCCCCAUUAAUGCUGCGUCAACCACAGGACCAAGCAGUGGUUCCUCCGAUGGACACGGUUGUGGAGGGCCAGCAACAGGCCCAGUUUGUCCCUCCGUAUUUCGCUGUAGCGAGGCCGUAUAUAGUCCACACAGACCACCACGAUUUUCCGGCAACAGAACCCGAAAGGUUGGGUGUCCUGCUGAACCCGAUCUCUGAUCAGCCAGUAAUUGGGGCCCCGCCGAUUGAAACCAUUAACUUGCAGCAUCCCUUCGGGCAUUUCCGGGAAGAUAUAACAUUCCUGCCUCGGGACAUUGAAUCACCACGGAUCUACAUCAACCCCAUGUUCGUGACCCCCGGGCAAAUCACAAACCCAAGCAAAAGUGAUCAAGGGCAACAACUCAUUCAAGAGAGCUCUCAUCACCAACAAGUAAACCAUGGCAUGUAUGCUGUUUUCGAUGGUCAGCCCCCAGCUGGGUGGUACUCCACCGAGGCCACAGUGACGCCAUCAACUACUCCCACCACGACCUCACUUCCACCAACACCGAUGAGUAGCACGGUGAAAUUCGCUGCUUGUUUCCAUCUACCACUCACUGAUUCGCCGGAAGUUGCCAAAAAUCUGCUGGAGGAGUUGAGCCAGCGAAUUUUGGAACAGGCUUCGCCAGCUCACCAAGAUAAUCGCAACAUCAUCAAGCAGAAAAACGAUCACUUGUUCGAGGUGCGAAUCAAUGCCAAACAACACGACAGCCAACAUCAUUCAAAGGCUUCAACCACUACCACAACACCACCAACGACAAUAGGUCAUGGUACCCAACAGGAACUGAAGACACAGACUAACCAUCACGCAGCCAGAAACAUUCCAGGAGUGCGAGGUCAAGGGCCCAGUGCAACCAGAGCAGAUGAUUUUGAAUAUGCUCAGCCUGAUGGCCCAGAGACCCCAAUUUUGGCAACCAUGCAAAACAGGCAGAACAAUGCUUUGGUCAUCCGCAUUGAGAACGCAGGGACGGACAAGAUCAAGGUUAGGAGACCACAAUUGCUGGUGGAUGAUGGAGAGCUGGAGAUACCAGCACAACCAGUGACGAAAAGGAAUAAGCAUGAACAAGACUUGAGCUUGGCACCAAUUGUAAGCUACAGGCUGAAGUUGGACAGGAAAACUGCUGGAGAUGUGGCUGCUGCCUUGGAGAACUAUAUCCUCAUGGAGAAGAUUGCCUACAUUACCAAGCACAGAGCCAUGAAACUGGCCCAACAGAGGUUUGACCAGGACAAAACAGCCGAAAACAGGGUUUCCCUGGAAGUAGCCAAAGCUGAAACUGAUGACGCCCUAGGUGUUCUCAAAAUGAAGAUCACCCAGUUCUUCACAAUUCAAGCAGCCUGUCUUGAGCACACCACUAACCAGCAUCCACUCCUAGAACUGCUCUCAACCACACACACCCCACUUACCCAGACCAUACCUGAAACUGUACCUGUGAUGGGGCCAAUGACUCGCAUGGAGCAAGUGCUAUCAUCUUCACGCCCAAAACAGUCGCUUCCUGUUGGGAUGGAAACUGAAAAGCCUGGGUUUCAGGAGUACAAAAGCACACUCUUGGCAGAGAAACUGCUACCAGAUGAUGAAGCUGAGUUGAAACCAGCAACUUUGACAAAGCGUUUGCAGGACUCUACCGAGGAAGCAGAGUACUUCAACUUGUCCCAGGAUGGACUUAACCUCAAGGCGGCACAUGCUGCACUUGAUGCUGAAAUUGACGCUGAAUUGAACCUUGCCACUCAAGUAAGGUCGAGCCUUUUUGACAGCCUGCUGAGGGACGCUGACAUAAACCCGAACUCGUCGCAAUACAUGUCCGACGCAGGAGACAGGAUGGACCUGGACCUGUUCUACACCACUCCAACCGGCACCAGCAACACAAGCAACAACAAGAACCCCAAGGCCAUCGGGUCUCUGCCAAAGCUCAACAAAGAGCAUGCUCAUCAUUUGCAGCGCAUCUCAGCCACGUUCCAGGACCCUGUGCGCCUGCGGGCACAGGCUGUGCGGGAUGCUGCAAAGCAGCUACAAGCAGAGCCAACUUCCAAGAUGGCCAAGGCCAAGUUUGCGGAUGCUGCUGCGCAGUUGAAGGCAGUCAAGACCCGGCUGAACAAGGCCAUCAUGUCGUACUUCCGGAUUUCAUUCGGGGACAGCUUGGAUGAGCAUGCCAUGGCUGCCAUGCUCAUUGACUUCAAGAAACAGUUCCCAAAGCCGACGGAAGCUCACAAGCGACAGGUGCCCACAACGUUCAAGCCUCAGCAUUUGCAACCCGCUGCAGACACACAUCGAGUGGUGCCAUCUGGUUUGAAAACCGGCCCAACGUCAAACAGAAAACGCCGCCAGGAAGCCACGCUGAAAUUUCUGCAGAACAGCAUCAACAAGUCAAUAAUGAAUAUUUUCAAAAAGCGCAAGCAGCCGAGAAAGGUCGCAUCUCGGAGUCGACGAAGUGUGUCAUCACCCAGCAGGGACCGGAAGCAGGAAUUCCUCUUGUCCAUAAUUCAUGAGAAGACCAAAGUUGAAGCGCUGACAAAGGAGGCCGCUGAGCAGUUUCACAAUCUGAAGGUCACGCAAAAUGACUCUGCAAGGCGAAUCUUCCUCAAUGUCAAGCAUAACUUGAGGAACUCCAAAAUUGAGUUGCUUAAAAAGAUGGAGCAACUAUUGGCCCAGAAGUUCAGAAAUGAAUUCACACUCAGCGAGUUGGAAACUAUGUGGGAGACGAUAACGUUGAAAAAGCCGUCGAAAACGAAAGUGGUGUCGAGACUGUCAACGUUUGCCAGGGACACCAACCCAAUUUCUCUCCAAAACAUCGGGCCAGCUUACUGGACACCUUUACAAAAGAGAGUAGAAGAAUUGCGAACUCAGUCCAGGGUCAAAAUGCUGGAUUAUUUGCGAGCAGAAACGCCGACCAAACGGAAAGAGUUCCUUGCGGCCCGGGAUGCAUUGCUGAGGGCCAAGUUACUUUUGCACGAACGGGUUCGUGCUGAAUUGAGAAAGCUUUUCGGGGAUCCGAAGACCAUGUCGAAAAAUGACUAUGCUGCCAUUUGGCGGUAUUUGCUUGGGUCGGGCGGAGAGGAUGCUUGA